UAACGUUACAUCUGUAAUACUUCCUUCAUGGGAACUCUGAACACCAUAACUUUUCAAUUUUCUUCACGGACGUGUCUUCCACAACUUUUCUCCCAACUUUCUCAUUACAUUUGAUUUCAGAUCUCCAACAUUUUGACGGGCUUUCUUGAAAAACUCUGUUUUAUAAAUGUGAUGUUUAGCUCCCCCUGUUGUUCCUUCUGAGUUCCCCUCCUUCUCUCCCAAGUUAAAGCACGCCACGUUUUUCAACUCAAGCCAGUUAGUUCCCCUGAUCAAGAAAGAUUUAACAAAACAACUCCAGCAAAACAACCUCGUCCGCUGAGCACAUAACUGUAAAAGAUUUCACAAUCCCCUCCAAUAAAAGUUGUUCCCUUUAUAUCAUCUGGAAGACGCGACCGAGAUCCGUGAAAGUGCCGAGGUAACUGCGAGGAGCUGCGGGGAAUAGUUAAACCAAUAUGAAGAUCGAAUUUGCUCCCAUGAAUGUCCCUUUUAAGAGAAGGAUGCAAACGUUUGUGGUGCUAAAGUGGAUCUUCACCUUUUUGUUCUUGGGUCAGUGCUGCCUUGCAGUGUUUGUGUUUCUCAUCGUUGCUGGUUACUGGUACAUAGCUGCAGUUUACACUGUUUGGUUGUAUCUUGACUGGGAGACACCGAAUCAGGGAGGGAGAAGGUCAGAAUGGGUCAGAAACUGGACUAUCUGGAAUUACUUCCGUGACUAUUUUCCAAUUCACCUUAAGAAAACAACAGCUUUGGAUCCAAAGUUCAACUAUCUGUUUGGAUUUCAUCCUCAUGGGGUGCUUGUAGCUGGAGCGUUUGGAAACUUUUGCACUGAAUCUACGAACUUUCGAAAAUUGUUUCCAGAUUUGACACCAUACCUGUGUGUGUUGCCUUACUGGUUCAAGGUCCCCUUUUAUAGGGAUUACGUCAUGUGUGGAGGUUUGGUCUCCUCUGUGAAGAGUAGCAUUUCACACAUUCUAAGCAGGGAGGAAGGUGGUAAUGUGGCUGUCAUUGUAAUUGGCGGUGCUGAGGAAUCGCUGGAUGCUAGACCUGGAGCGCUAACUUUGAGAGCCUUGAACAGGAAAGGAUUUAUUAAAUUGGCUGCAAAAUGUGGGGCACAUCUGGUUCCAGUCUUUUCCUUCGGGGAAAAUGAACUGUUUAAUCAGGUGAACAAUCCCAAAGGGUCAACUCUUCGAACAAUCCAAGAGCGAUUCCAGAAGUUCAUGGGAUUUACACUGCCACUGUUUCAUGCCCGGGGCAUCUUCCAGUACAACUUUGGGCUGCUACCAUUUCGGAAACCUAUUUACACAAUAGUGGGAAAGCCAAUUAUUGUGGAACAGAACCACACCCCUUCAAACCAAGAGAUUGAAGAACUACAUAAUAAAUACAUUGCGGCAUUGAAUGAAUUAUUUGAAGAAAACAAAGCUCUGUAUGGAAUUCCAGAAACAGACCAUUUAUCUUUCAGUUGAAUUUCAAGUUUGAGCACCUGAAUUAACAAGCAGAUCCAGGCAUGCUGGAUGGUUUGAGCUAUUGAGUACCUUCCGUAGUUACAGACAGAUCCCAAUUAAUUGAAUCAUGUUGAAGACCAUUUUACACUCUCAUUAGCAGUAAUGCUCAAUAUAAUUUAACAAUUCUAUGUUCGCCACAAAAUAUUAAAGCAGAAAGACUGGUAUAAUGUCUGCGUAUGUGAGUAUUUGAUGAACAGCACUUUACAAGUUUUAACUAAAGGGAUAUUCCUUUCCAAGGUCACACUUCAGAAGCUCGCAUGCAUAAAAUGUAUUUAAUGUUUGCACCAUGUUAUUGGCUGAAAUUGAGAUUAAAAUGUUUCCUGCAGAAUCAUUUUAAGACCACAUUGCCCAUUGCAAAGAACUUCUGACUAGAAUUAAUUAUGGAUAGAAAAUAUGUAUCAAAAUAUUGUUCAGCUGACAGUAAUGCAAGAAGUUUAACUAUUGCAAGAAAUCCCCCUUUUUAUCAAGCAAAUCUUAGCCACAAUACAACCAUUGAUGUGUCAUAAAAGAAUAUCUCUGUCUAUAUCAUAGUGUCUGACUGUUAUCACCUCAUGAAAUUAAAAUCCAAAGAUUUGGUGUCUUUUUUAAAUGAAUCAUAUUAGUAUUAAGGACACCUUUAAUCAUUUGUCAAAUUGAAGUCGAAGUAGCUGUUUUAAAAUAAACGGUGAAAUAAAGGGAAUUAUAUCAUUGUAAGUAUUUUCAUCAAAAAAUAGAAAAUUUUAUGCUUAAAAUAAAUCAUGUAAAGUUACUGUUAAGUUUAUGGCAGGUCUUGUUUUAUUUCAUUCAAAGGACAUUGUUACUGUAAAAUAUUUAGAACAUCUUUCUGUAAAAUAUCCAAUGCUCUUUAAACGUGUAAGUUAAUCUGUAACUAAAGUUAAUUCCGCAAAACAUGCCCAAUAUUCAUUUUAUUAAAUAAACUCAAAAUUAUUUGAAUUA